UGUCUCAAGGCCCGUUCCCACCCCCAUGCUCCUCCACCUGCCCCGGCCACCUCUAAGACACCGGUUCCACCCCAACGACCCCUGUGACCCCUGUGACCCCUACGACCCCCGGCCAUGACCCCUAUGACCCCGGAUACUUCUACACUUCACCUGGGAGCCCCACACCCCGACACUCCAUCUCCCCUUCUGGCUCGUUAAACGCAAAACUGCGAGGAAGAUGUUCCCCAAGAGGAAGCUGGAUGAGAGCGACAGUGAGAGCCCGAAAGACGAGUCGGAGGCCAAGGAGGAGCCGGGUCAGAAACACAAGCGACCCCGUGUGGAGAGCCCAGGGAACACCGAUGAACCCAUGGAGGAGGAAGCAAAGGAAGUACGAGUUGAAAAGGCGGCGACCAAGGCUACGAGCCCAGAUGAGGAGGAGGAGGAGGUGGAGAAGAAAGAGGAAGUAGAAAAGGCCGAGGAGGAGAAAGAAGGGAAAGCUGAGGCGGCGGAAACGAAAACUGAAGCAAAGGAGAAGAAGGAUGAUGAGAAAGUUGCCAAGAAGAAGAAGAAUAAGAAGAAGGUGGUUGAAAAGGACACGCAAGAGGCAGAAAAGAGCCCGGAAAGUCAAACACAGAGAAAGCAGAAAGAAGCAAAAGAGCAAAAAGAUAAGGAGCCGCCCAAAAAAUCCCCCAUCAGCAGUUUCUUUGCUCCGAGAAAAGCCGCAGUAAAGACGGAGAAAUCGGAGAAGAGCGAAGGAGAGAAACAGACGAGUCCAGAGAGGAAGGUUUCAGCGGAGGAGAGCAAAGACGUCAAAGGGUAA